AUGCCUGGCCUCGUGUCGGCUGCUGGCCUUGUCGGCUUUCUAUCCGAACCUGAUUCAGAACUCCAAUCGUUUGCUCUGAAAGAGCUGGAUGGUCAGGUCGAUCUACUAUGGACUGAGAUUGCAAACUCCGUCGGCCAGAUCGAAGCUCUUUACGAAGAUGACUCCUUCCCCGAUCGCAACCUGGCCGCCAUUGUCGCUGCAAAAGUCUACUAUCAUCUCGGAGCUUACAAUGAAAGCAUGGCUUUCGCCCUCGGCGCGGGCAAAUACUUCCAGUUGAACAAUCCUGGCGAGUUCGAAGAUACCAUCAUCUCGAAAUGUGUAGAUACCUGGAUCGCUCUGUCUGCUGCGAAAGACCCAACCCUCGUCGCCGCUUCCAGUGCGGCUGAGGCUGAACUCGACACGGCUUUCUCACAAUCCGCCGAUGGCGCCGCUACGCUCUCCGCUGGCCUCACAUCGCCCGUCACGCCUUUCUCACAAUCAGCCCUGCCCUCAAAGUCGCUACUAUCGAGACAGAAUACCGCUGCGUCAUUCGAGCCAGGACUCGCUAUUGAGGGCGAGGAAGGUACUCCGGAAGCCAUCAUUCAGCAGCGUGGUCUUCAGAAGCAACUUAACGGCAUAAUCGAGCGUUUAUUCGAGAAAUGCUUUCAAGAGAAACGUUAUCGCCAGGUCGUCGGCAUUGCCGUUGAAGCCCGUAACCUUGAGAUCCUACGAAGAGUCAUACUACGAGCCGCGAAGGACGAGCAGCAAGAGAAUGGCGAAAUGACAAAGAACGGCGAGGAACUUAUGGAGUACGUUCUCGAGAUCUGCAUGAGCGUUGUCCAAGAACGCGGGCUGCGUAAUGAGAUCUUGAAGCUUAUUCUUGAGCUGCUCAACGACAUUCCAUCACCGGACUACUUUGCGAUUGCCAAAUGUGUUGUCUACCUGGACCAACACUCGAUGGCUUCUGACAUCCUGAAACAGCUCGUAGAAAAGGGUGAUGCUCGAUCACUUGCCGUCGCCUACCAGAUUUCCUUUGAUCUGUACGACAACAGCACCCAGGAAUUCCUGCGGAAGGUGCGGGAAGAGCUGUCCACACUGGCGCCGGAAGACAUUGAAGACUCUGACCCGCCCCCACCAUAUGAUUCCACAGACGCCCAAGCACAAGAACAAGUGCAACAGGAGCUUCAAGAUGCCGCACCCUCUAGGCCUUCAGUUAAGCCUGAGAUCAAAGAGGCCGUUCAGUCGAUACGCGAUAUCUUGGACGGCCUCAAAUCGAUACACCUCAACAUCGAAUUCCUCAAUAAGUCAAACCGGGUUGAUCUAACCGUACUGAACAAGGUCAAGGAUAGUUUAGAGGCCCGCAACUCCAUAUACCAUACCGCCGUGACGUUAUGCACUGGUUUCAUGCACGCAAAGACCGCCAAUGAUGACUUUUUCAGACAGAACCUAGAGUGGCUUGGGAAGGCUGUCAAUUGGUCCAAGUUCACCGCAACUGCUGCUUUGGGAGUCAUACAUCAGGGCAACGUCAACCAGGUCGACAGACUGCUGAACCCUUAUCUUCCCAAAUCGAACGCUGGCGGUGCCCCUGCGACUGGCUCACCAUACAGCCAAGGUGGCUCUCUGUACGCUUAUGGUCUCGUCUGUGCGAACCACAAGGGCAAGGCAGUUGAAUUCAUCCGUAAGAUGUUCAAAGACGCCACCGAAGAAGUCGUCCAGCACGGCGGUGCCCUGGGUCUGGGUGUUGCCGGCAUGGCUUCGGGUGACGAGUCUUUGUAUGAGGACCUGAAGAGCGUUCUAUAUACCGACUCAGCUAUCAAUGGCGAAGCCGUUGGCCUUGCUAUGGGUCUUGUCAUGCUUGGAUCUGGUAACAUGAAAGCGCUCGAGGACAUGAUCCAGUACGCUCGCGAAACUCAGCACGAGAAGAUCGUACGUGGUCUCGCUAUGGGUAUGGCGUUGAUCAUGUACGGUCGUCAAGAAGGCGCCGAUGUGCUCAUCAAUGGUCUUCUCAACGAGGCUGAUCCGGUUUUACGGUAUGGCGGUAUUCUGACCAUUGCCAUGGCAUAUGUCGGGACCGGCAGCAAUAAGGCGGUCAGGAAGCUCCUCCACACUGCUGUCAGCGAUGUCAGUGACGAUGUGCGCCGCAUUGCAGUCCUCAGCUUGGGCUUCAUUCUCUUCCGCAAGCAUACUAGCGUACCGCGCAUGGUUGAGCUACUUGCCGAAUCUUACAACCCCCACGUCAGAUACGGUGCUGCUAUGGCCCUGGGUAUCUCGUGCGCGGGCACUGGCCUCGACGAGGCUAUUGACCUACUUGAGCCUAUGCUCAAAGAUCCUACCGAUUUUGUCCGCCAGGGUUCUCUGAUCGCCCUUUCGAUGGUUAUGGUCCAGCAAAACGAAGUCAUGAACCCCAAGGUCGGUACUAUCCGUAAGACCAUGCUCAAGAUGGUUUCAGACCGCCACGAGGAUGCGAUGUGCAAGUUUGGCGAUGCUAUGGCUAUGGGUAUCAUUGAUGCUGGUGGUCGCAAUUGCACCAUUUCGCUGCAGACUCAGACCGGCAACCUUCACAUGCCCGGUAUCGUCGGCGCUGUUGUUUUCACGCAGUACUGGUAUUGGUUCCCUCUGGCUCACAUGCUAUCACUCUCCUUCACACCCACAGCUGUCAUUGGUGUAGACCAGAAGCUGGAUGUGCCAGUCUUCAAGUUUCACAGCAACACUCGUCCUUCUACGUUCGACUACCCUCCCGAGCAAACAGCAAAGACAGAUGAGGCUCCCGAAAAGGUCAAGACCGCUGUUCUUUCGACUACGGCGCAAGCAAAGCGUCGCCAAGCCAAGAAGGAAAAGCAAGAAAAGACAGAGAAGGGUGAUAGUAUGGACUUAGACGCAACAGCGACUCAAUCUCCUGUCACGCCGAAGGUCGAGAAACCCGAGGACAAGAUGGAAACUGACGAGCCUGCUCCCAGCGACGACAAGAAAGAGGGAGACGCUGUCGCUGAAUCCGAUAAGCCCGAGAAAAAGAAGAAGGUCGAGAAGGAGAAGGUCGGAUACGACAUCAACAACAUGUCCCGUGUCCUGCCUGGUCAGCUGAAGUACAUCUCAUUCCCGGAUAAGCGCUUCCAGCCCGUCAAGAAGCCAGUGACUGGUGGUGUCAUGGUUGUGCUAGACACCCAACCUGAGGAAGAAAAGGAGACCAUUCCUCUUACCGUCAGCAAGAUUAACGUACCUCCGGUACGAAGCAUCGGUGGUCAACAAAGCCAGCCAGCAGCUGUGCCAGUCACUCCUGCUAGAGGCAUUGGUGAAUUCGCUGCUGGAACUGGUGCUGGAGCAGCCGCUGCCGCUGGUGUCUUGACAGCCGUGGACGAAGAUGAGGAAGGCGCCGAAGAGGCGCCUCUGCCUGAGGAGUUUGAGUAUGAGACCGAGAACGAGGGAGAUGCUAUGGAGGAGUAG